GACAUUCGUUGGGAGAUCGGGUGGGCAUUUUUUCUCAUAACGGUCAUUCGCGAAGUGACGAAACAAACGAGGAUCGGUUCAAACUUGGCUCACCACCCCGACCUUCCCGCCAUCGCACUUCGGUCCGCCAAAAUAAAUUGCAAGAUCGACGCGGACCAAUUAAGUUACUUCAAAAACGUGCGAGGCUCGUCCGGCGGAUCUUCCCCCUCGCGAGAUUCCUUCGCACGAUCAAAUCGAAUCUUCUCUCGCCGCUGGACCGGAACUCGUUUAACUUCGAACACACACAGAGGACGGUCCGUGUCAAUCCCGUCUGGUAACCCUAUGGUCCUCGGAACGCAACAAUCAUGUCGGCGAUCGAGGAGGCAAGGAAAAUCGUAGGGAAACAGAGAUCCGUGGGUUUCGCGACGGAGAGCAAAAAGACCCGCACGCCGCCUCGCUUCCUCAGUCACACCCAGUCCUCGCUGAUGAAGAUGAGAACGCCGAUCAAUCUGAAGAAGAAAUUGUCGUCCGCGAUUAAGGACAGGGAAUCGCGCAGCUGCGUUUUCAAGAGACGAAGCGGACGAGUCAGACAGCGAAGCAGAAGCGUGCUGGCGCUGAAGAUGAUCCUGGACCAGCAUCAUCGCGCGACCCGUCGCUCUCUGUCGGGCGACGUGCUGACGGAAACGACUCGGCCCCAGUCGAAACGAUACACCGAUAAUUUUCUCGUUUCCCUUGAGAACGAUCUUAUCAAGGAUAUUUCCAAUAUCAUUAAGUGCGCGAGAAGUCCGAUCAAGUUGGCGUCGAGAAUCGUCGGUCGGUCUGAGGCGCGCGCUGAGGAUUCGAACGAUUCGCUCGACGUCACGUGCUCGCUGUCGCUCUCGUCCGUGUCCGUUCGCGAAGAACUGGAUUCUAACAGUGUCCGCGAUUUUUCCGAAGACAGCACGGUCGUAGCGAGCGGAUCUCGGUCCGACGAGGAGAUUAUCGAGGAGAAAGAAUCCGCUAGGUCUUCUGGGGAUGUCGAUGUUUCGAAACAAAUUGACGCGUUUAAACACGAGGACAACGAGGAGCCCCGGACUCUUCCGAACCGCGAAGAAGCGCCGUCGAGCACGUCGUUGCAAACCGACGAGAUCAAAGUUCUUCACCGAAGGUCGAGUCACAGAAGAUUCAGAGAAACCGAUUCCUCGAACGAGAACAACAUCGAGACUCAAGUGUGUCGGCAAACCACGACGAAUCGCAAAUACACACGAAGAAUUUGGAAGAAGAGAAAAGCCAAGAACGAGGAGACCGAAUUUAAAACCGGCUCGCAAAAUUCGACGAACUCGACAAUCGCAAGACAGAUCGACAACUCGCAGGAUACGAGAGCGAACAACAGCGACGCGAAGUCCGCGCGGAGGAGGGACGGUCAGAGGAAGUUUAAUAAUUUCGCCAAUCGGCGAGCUUGGCGACCGGCCGGAAUCGGCAAGUACUCGAACGCGGAGAACACGGCGUCUUCGACGCAGGUGGCGUCGCAGAAGUCGUCUCGUUCGAUGGAAAAGCCCGUCGCUCCGAUGAGGAACAAACAUUCGUCCGUGGAACAAGUCGAGUCGUUCGAUAGCGGAUCUACAAACGCAUCGAUGUCCGCGAGCCAGUCCAAGAUGUUGAAAGAAAAUCGAGACCCGGGAAGAGAAGCGAGGGAGCAACACGAUCAGCAAAAGAAAGGACUGCAAAAACGAAAACGAUGGACGUGGAAGGUCCCAAACGACUCGGGCAAGGAUAACGAGGUCGGUUCGAGAUGGCAACAUUGGCGAUCGUUCACGCCGCGAUCCCCGAAGGACUCGAACGACAACGAACAAAACUUCUCCGAGUCCGUCAAGAUCCGCGGCAGAAGAACGAGGCCCACCGAGAUGAUCAACGCGUUGAAGGAGAUUAUCAACAGCGUAAGUGACGACGAAGAUGCGAGGGAGAACGUCGCGAGCGCUUCCGAUACUGACGUCUUCCAAAAGAUCGACAACGAAACGCCACCGAGUCGUGACGCGGAAAUGCCGAUCGACGAUCUCGCGACAACCGGCGACUCGAACGAAGCGGAGACCACCCGAUCGUGCGAACGAUCAUCUUGCAAGUCGAUCGGCACGCAGACCGAAUCGAAUACCCUUUCGCGUGGCGAUCUCGAAACGGACGUCGAUUCCGAGAAAAUUUCGAAACAGACUCGAACUGUCGCAGCGCAGACGUCGCCGUGCGGCAAAACCGAGACCGGAUGCAACACGACGUCGUACGGCGACAUUUGUCGAGACGCGGAAGUUUCUUGCGACCUGAUAGGCUCCUCAAACGUGAGGGCAACCGUCGCGAUCGAGAAAGCAUCGAACGAGUCGGAGAACAAUGCGAUUCACGUUACAAACAUCUACGAUUCCGAUAACGUUUACGACGUUACCAUCGUCGAUCCCGACUCGCCACUUUACGACAGUUCGAAUCCGUCAGAUAGCGACAUUCGGAACGACGUCGUACGCGAAGAAACGGAGAACGUACUGUCGGACGAUCUGAUCGAGAACAUGAAGAUGAUCUUCGAGCUCGCGGCGGAACGCGCGCGCAAUCUUCGCGAGGCCGUUGUUAUUUAUUACGAGAGUCUGAUGUCGCGCGAAGAUCAAAACGAGGAAAUUCGAUACGACGAAGAACCGUCGCGGGAUCAUCGUUAUCGUCUCGAGAGAUGCGCUUCUUUCACGAGUUCCGCGAGUGUGGAGGAGAUCGGAGACUCCGACGGGGAGCGUUUCGUCGCGAGCGACGACGAUUUCGACGACGGACGUUCUUCGAGCAGCGCCAGUUCGGGACAGACUUUCGUGUCCGUGAUUCGAAACUCGAGAGCCAACGUGCAAAUCAUCGACCGAGAUGAUGGAAACGCGAGAUCGAGUCUGAACGAAUCUCUCGAAGGUUCGAAGUCGCUGAUGCGACUGGUUUGUCGUCGCACGCGGAAGGAACACGCGCUCGAGUUAUUACAAUUCGGAAACGACGGGGAAAACUUGGGGAAAGAGAUGAAAAUUCUGACGCUUCCCGUGACGGAGAAACCGUCGAUUCUCACGCGCGAGAAUCUGCUUCCGCUCGUCUGCUGCGCUCUGUGCACCGUGGUGGUUUGGUGGCUGCAAUUUUUGUUCCGAUGCCACUCCGACAAGUAACAAUCUUCGCGAAGUUUCAGUUGCAGCAGCGCGACAAGAUUGCUCGUUGAUUUUACAUUCCGACAUUUUUCUUUUUCGUUAUUCCGUGU